CUUUUCCUGCUGGAUUCAUCAUGAUAACUCCAGCUUUUGAGCUGACCCAAGAUCCGGAUUUUCUUACAGUAAUAAUCAAAGUACCUUAUGCCAGAGCUUCAGAGUUUGAUGUAUAUUUUGAAGGGGAAGAUUUUAAAUUUUAUGCCAAGCCCUACUUCCUCAGGUUGACACUUCCUGGAAGAAUUGUGGAAGAUGGCAGAGAAAAAGCAUCUUACAAUACAGACAAAGGAAUUUUUACUAUUCGGUUACCUAAGGAGAUUCCUGGCCAGCAUUUUGAGGGACUGGACAUGCUGACAUCUCUUUUAGCACCAAAGAAAUCAAGAUCAGCAAAACCUUUAGUAGAAGAGAUAGCUGCCUCUGCUGAGUUGUCUGAAGAGGAGGAGGAAGAAUUUGACUGGGAAAUAGAGCAGACCCCUUAUCAAGAAGGUGCAGAAAACGCUCUGCCACUACAGAGCCCGUACGGAUUUGGGAAUCUGCGGUCAGGGGUGUUCCAGCGCCUGCAGGAUGAACUCAGUGAUGUUAUUGACAUUAAGGAUCCAGAUCAAACUCCUACAGGUGAGCGUAGGAGGAAACGCCUGGAAGCUGAGGCUGCCAAAUUUGACCCUGAUCAUUACCUAGCUGAUUUUUUUGAAGAUGAAGGUAUUCAGCACCUUCUGAAGUACAAGCCAUGGUGGGUUGAUGCUCAUAAAAAAAUGACAGCCUUACAGGGAGAAAGUCAUCAGGAACAUGACACUCCUAAAUUUGUUGUCUUCUCUGAAGAAGAAAAAGAGCAGCUGAGAAAGUUCACAAAUAAAUCUUAUCUUCUGGAUAAAAGAAGCCGUCAUCAUGUAUAUCUCAGUUUAAUCGAUAUCCUUCUGGCAUAUUGCUAUGAAAUCUGUGUCAAUGAAGGGGACAAGAAUGUUGAAUCAUCCUGGAACAUCAGGAAACUGAGUGCUACGUUGUGUUGGCUGGAGAGCUUCACUAGCAUUCAUGAUGUCCUGGUGUCCUUUGGAAGAAGAGUGUUAUGCUAUCCCCUGUACAGACAUUUUGGAUUAGUGACACGUGCCUUCAGUGAUACAGGGAUGAUACUGCAACUAGGAAAAGCUGCAGUUUUGAAGUGUCUGCUGGACAUUCACAAGAUUUUUAUGGAGAAUGACCCUUCCUACAUCCUUAAUGAUCUCUUCAUUACAGACUACUGCAUCUGGAUUCAAAAAACCAAGUCCAAGAAAUUGGCUGCGCUCUCAGAAUCCUUGCAGAAAACCAUGCUCACCAAGUCUCACUUAGGAUUUGAACUAGAAGAGCUGGAAGCAGCAGCAUUGCUGGUACAAGAGGAAGAGAGCAUGUUAAGAGCUGCUGGCACAGUUUCCAAGCAACAGCUGCCUUCCUCAGAGUCAGAGACAAGUGACUCUGAAGAAUCAAGCACUACUUCAUCAUCUGAGACAGAAGGCUCUGAUUCAGAUGAGAGAGAGUCCUCAACCAGUGAAGAUGGGAAAAUGAAUUCUUCACAAGGCACACUUCAAGAGGAGAGGACAGCUCCACUUAUUGACUGUAAUGGAUUAAGGCAGGGCACAAACACUUCGAUGUUGGAGGUUAGUGAUGAAAAAUCAAAGGUUUCUUUGCAGUCUUCAUCUGUUCCUGGUAAAUUGAUAGAAGAAUUAGAAAAGCAAAUGCACACUGCAAUUAGACUUUCAGAACAGCCUGAAGGAUUGGCUACUGCAAGCUGCCUUUUACAGGAACAGGAGCAAGAAGAACACCAUGUUUCUGAACCUGACAGAUUUUCAAAAGAUACUACUGGGAAGGGGAACUUUUUGGAGGUGUCUUCAAAGACAAAUCAUUUGCUAUUUCUUUGCAGCACAAAUGAAGAUGAAGACUAA